AAGAAGACGUUGGCACGGUACAGCGGAUGUUGGUGACGGCCAGCAGUGAGGAUGGCGGUGAAGAAACGGUCAUAUGUGCGGAUGGAACAAUCACGUUCUCCAAAUCGGCUACCCCUGAACCAAUGGCUUCGGGAACAACCACACCUGAGAUUAAAGUCCAAGAGGAGGAUGAAGACGAACAAGAAGAAUCUGUCCCGGCACAGGUUACACCAAAAGCCAGCGAAGUAGUAGCAAAGGCUGAAACCGAAGAGAAAGGAAGUCCGGCAUCUUCCGGUAAAUCAUCACCAGAUUUGAAAACUUCUCCAACAUCGAUCGAAGAGAAGGAUAAACAUGAGCUGCCAGAAAAGGUUGUUCCCGCACUGGACACAUUGAAAAAAACACCAGAGCUGUCUACAGUGUUGACUGAUAUCCGCAAGGAAUCGUUGGCGGAACAGUAUGAUCACAUUGAUGAUACAAGACGCGAAUCAGCUAUCAGUACCUUCAGCGAGCGUGAUUACACCAAGGACGAGAGCUCUUUUGUCGAUGAGUGUCGCGAUUCAUCUCGUGCACAUUCUAUCUCUAGCCAUAUCAGCGAUCUAAAGGAAGAUUCUGCGGACCUAAAAUCAGUUGCCGACUUUCUAAAGGAAUCUGAUGAACGAGAUGAGCAUGGUGCGGAGGUAUUCUCCGAUGAAAUUAAAAUUAAAGAAUUGUCCAGUCCAGAAUCAGUGACAAGUCAAAAGACAGUUUCUGAAAAAGAACCUCUAGAAAAAAUUAUUCAAGGCAAUCAAAUUCAAUCUAUUGAAACUACCAAAGAAAAACAAGAAACUGAUCUGAAAGCUGACGCGAAGGAUGCAUCUCGACCAGCUUCUGCGGCCAGUGAAAAGGAUGAAUCACGUCCACAAUCAGCGAUCGACGAGAAGGCAGCAUUUGAGAAGUCUGUUGAUCUGAAAGCUGACGCGAAGGAUGCAUCUCGACCAGCUUCUGCGGCCAGUGAAAAGGAUGCAUCACGUCCACAAUCAGCGAUCGAUGAAAAGGCCGCAUCCGAGAAGUCUGUUGAUCUGAAGGCCGAGACUAAGGACGAGUCUCGCCCAGCUUCUGCGGCCAGUGAAAAGGAUUCAUCACGUCCACAAUCAGGGAUCGACGAAAAGGCAGCAUCUGAGAAGUCUGUUGAUCUGAAAGCCGACGCGAAGGAUGCAUCUCGACCAGCUUCUGCGGCCAGUGAAAAGGAUGCAUCGCGACCACAAUCAGCGAUCGACGAAAAGGCAGCAUCUGAGAAGUCUGUUGAUCUGAAAGCUGACGCGAAGGAUGCAUCUCGACCAGCUUCUGCGGCCAGUGAAAAGGAUGCAUCACGUCCACAAUCAGCGAUCGAUGAAAAGGCCGCAUCCGAGAAGUCUGUUGAUCUGAAGGCCGAGACUAAGGACGAGUCUCGCCCAGCUUCUGCGGCCAGUGAAAAGGAUUCAUCACGUCCACAAUCAGGGAUCGACGAAAAGGCAGCAUCUGAGAAGUCUGUUGAUCUGAAAGCCGACGCGAAGGAUGCAUCUCGACCAGCUUCUGCGGCCAGUGAAAAGGAUGCAUCGCGACCACAAUCAGCGAUCGACGAAAAGGCAGCAUCUGAGAAGUCUGUUGAUCUGAAAGCUGACGCGAAGGAUGCAUCUCGACCAGCUUCUGCGGCCAGUGAAAAGGAUGCAUCACGUCCACAAUCAGCGAUCGACGAGAAGGCAGCAUCCGAGAAAUCUGUUGAUCUGAAGGCCGCGACUAAGGACGAGUCUCGCCCAGCUUCUGCGGCCAGUGAAAAGGAUGCAUCACGACCACAAUCAGCGAUCGACGAAAAGGCAGCAUCUGAGAAGUCUGUUGAUCUGAAAGCUGACGCGAAGGAUGCAUCUCGACCAGCUUCUGCGGCCAGUGAAAAGGAUGCAUCACGUCCACAAUCAGCGAUCGAUGAAAAGGCCGCAUCCGAGAAGUCUGUUGAUCUGAAGGCCGAGACUAAGGACGAGUCUCGCCCAGCUUCUGCGGCCAGUGAAAAGGAUGCAUCACGACCACAAUCAGCGAUCGAUGAAAAGGCCGCAUCCGAGAAGUCUGUUGAUCUGAAGGCCGAGACUAAGGACGAGUCUCGCCCAGCUUCUGCGGCCAGUGAAAAGGAUGCAUCACGACCACAAUCAGCGAUCGACGAAAAGGCAGCAUCUGAGAAGUCUGUUGAUCUGAAAGCUGACGCGAAGGAUGCAUCUCGACCAGCUUCUGCGGCCAGUGAAAAGGAUGCAUCGCGACCACAAUCAGCGAUCGACGAAAAGGCAGCAUCUGAGAAGUCUGUUGAUCUGAUAGCUGACGCGAAGGAUGCAUCUCGACCAGCUUCUGCGGCCAGUGAAAAGGAUGCAUCACGUCCACAAUCAGCGAUCGAUGAAAAGGCCGCAUCCGAGAAGUCUGUUGAUCUGAAGGCCGAGACUAAGGACGAGUCUCGCCCAGCUUCUGCGGCCAGUGAAAAGGAUGCAUCACGACCACAAUCAGCGAUCGACGAAAAGGCAGCAUCUGAGAAGUCUGUUGAUCUGAAAGCUGACGCGAAGGAUGCAUCUCGACCAGCUUCUGCGGCCAGUGAAAAGGAUGCAUCACGACCACAAUCAGCGAUCGACGAAAAGGCAGCAUCUGAGAAGUCUGUUGAUCUGAAGGCUGACGCGAAGGAUGCAUCUCGACCAGCUUCUGCGGCCAGUGAAAAGGAUGCAUCACGACCACAAUCAGCGAUCGACGAAAAGGCAGCAUCUGAGAAGUCUGUUGAUCUGAAAGCUGACGCGAAGGAUGCAUCUCGACCAGCUUCUGCGGCCAGUGAAAAGGAUGCAUCACGUCCACAAUCAGCGAUCGAUGAAAAGGCCGCAUCCGAGAAGUCUGUUGAUCUGAAGGCCGAGACUAAGGACGAGUCCCGCCCAGCUUCUGCGGCCAGUGAAAAGGAUUCAUCACGUCCACAAUCAGCGAUCGACGAAAAAGCAGCAUCCGAGAAAUCUGUUGAUCUGAAGGCCGAGACUAAGGACGAGUCUCGCCCAGCUUCUGCGGCCAGUGAAAAGGAUGCAUCACGUCCACAAUCAGCAAUCGACGAUAAGGCCGCAUCUGAGAAGUCUGUUGAUCUGAAGGCUGACGCGAAGGAUGCAUCUCGCCCAGCUUCUGCGGCCAGUGAAAAGGAUGCAUCACGUCCACAAUCAGCGAUCGACGAAAAGGCAGCAUCUGAGAAGUCUGUUGAUCUGAAGGCUGACGCGAAGGAUGCAUCUCGACCAGCUUCUGCGGCCAGUGAAAAGGAUGCAUCGCGACCACAAUCAGCGAUCGACGAUAAGGCCGCAUCUGAGAAGUCUGUUGAUCUGAAGGCCGAGACUAAGGACGAGUCUCGCCCAGCUUCUGCGGCCAGUGAAAAGGAUGCAUCACGUCCACAAUCUGCGAUCGACGAAAAGGCAGCAUCUGAGAAGUCUGUUGAUCUGAAGGCUGACGCGAAGGAUGCAUCUCGACCAGCUUCUGCGGCCAGUGAAAAGGAUGCAUCACGACCACAAUCAGCGAUCGAUGAGAAGGCAGCAUCUGAUAAGUCUGUUGAUCUGAAAGCUGACGCGAAGGAUGCAUCUCGACCAGCUUCUGCGGCCAGUGAAAAGGAUGCAUCACGACCACAAUCAGCGAUCGACGAGAAGGCAGCAUCUGAGAAAUCUGUUGAUCUGAAGGCUGACGCGAAGGAUGCAUCUCGACCAGCUUCUGCGGCCAGUGAAAAGGAUGUAUCACGUCCACAAUCAGCGAUCGACGAGAAGGCAGCAUCUGAGAAGUCUGUUGAUCUGAAGGCCGAGACUAAGGACGAGUCUCGCCCAGCUUCUGCGGCCAGUGAAAAGGAUGGAUCACGUCCACAAUCAGCGACCGAUGAGAAGGCAGCAUCUGAGAAAUCUGUUGAUCUGAAGGCUGACGCGAAGGAUGCAUCUCGACCAGCUUCUGCGGCCAGUGAAAAGGAUGCAUCACGACCACAAUCAGCGAUCGACGAGAAGGCAGCAUCUGAGAAAUCUGUUGAUCUGAAGGCUGACGCGAAGGAUGCAUCUCGACCAGCUUCUGCGGCCAGUGAAAAGGAUGAAUCACGUCCACAAUCAGCGAUCGACGAGAAGGCCGCAUCCGAGAAAUCUGUUGAUCUGAAGGCCGAGACUAAGGACGAGUCUCGCCCAGCUUCUGCGGCCAGUGAAAAGGAUGCAUCACGUCCACAAUCAGCAAUCGACGAUAAGGCCGCAUCUGAGAAGUCUGUUGAUCUGAAGGCUGACGCUAAGGAUGCAUCUCGCCCAGCUUCUGCGGCCAGUGAAAAGGAUGCAUCACGUCCACAAUCAGCGAUCGACGAAAAGGCAGCAUCUGAGAAGUCUGUUGAUCUGAAGGCUGACGCGAAGGAUGCAUCUCGCCCAGCUUCUGCGGCCAGUGAAAAGGAUGCAUCACGACCACAAUCAGCGAUCGACGAAAAGGCAGCAUCUGAGAAGUCUGUUGAUCUGAAGGCUGACGCGAAGGAUGCAUCUCGACCAGCUUCUGCGGCCAGUGAAAAGGAUGGAUCACGUCCACAAUCAGCGAUCGAUGAGAAGGCAGCAUCUGAUAAGUCUGUUGAUCUGAAAGCUGACGCGAAGGAUGCAUCUCGACCAGCUUCUGCGGCCAGUGAAAAGGAUGCAUCACGUCCACAAUCAGCGAUCGACGAAAAGGCAGCAUCCGAGAAAUCUGUUGAUCUGAAGGCUGACGCGAAGGAUGCAUCUCGACCAGCUUCUGCGGCCAGUGAAAAGGAUGCAUCACGACCACAAUCAGCGAUCGAUGAGAAGGCAGCAUCCGAGAAAUCUGUUGAUCUGAAGGCUGACGCGAAGGAUGCAUCUCGACCAGCUUCUGCGGCCAGUGAAAAGGAUGAAUCACGUCCACAAUCAGCGAUCGACGAGAAGGCAGCAUCCGAGAAAUCUGUUGAUCUGAAGGCCGAGACUAAGGACGAGUCUCGACCAGCUUCUGCGGCCAGUGAAAAGGAUGCAUCACGUCCACAAUCAGCAAUCGACGAU